GCCUCCUCCCAAGAUGGCGGAGGGGAGCUCUGAGGUGAAGGAGGCGGCCGGGCCCGGGCCGGUCCCUUCGCUGCCGCCCGGUGGGGCCGAGGAGGAGGAGCGUUUCCCCGGCGGAGCGGCCGCGGCUGUUGGCUCAGCUCCCGACGCUGGAGAGAAGGAAGUGGAUCCUGAGCAAUGCCCAAAGCUGCCUGAUGCCACUGUUAGCAAGAGCGGCCCUUCCCUGGAGACAACUGGAGCCGUGAGGAGGAAGAGCUCCCACCGAACUCCCAGCGUCAGGAAUAACCCCCUCAGCCCAAACCUCCGGCAUCGCUUGAGCCUGAAGACCAAAGGCAGGAAAUCUCUGCCCCCUAUUCACCAGGAUGUCACAGAAUUAAGCAAAGCAAUCAGCCUGGAUCUGCCAGAGGGAGAUCGGCUUUUUGAGCUGCUCUUCUCCAGUUUCCAGUUUGCAGCCCAGAAGCUUGAGCAAAGCUUGAAACACAAGGAUGGCUUUAACCCAGAGGCUUUCAGAUCCAGUGCUCAGUCAGCUGGGGAAGACCUGAAGUAUUCGCUGCAGCAGCUGAGACUAAAGGGAACGCUGCAGAGAUGUGUCCAGGAACCACAAGGGGUGUCACAGGACUUGGCUGUGGAGGAGUCAGUGGCUGAAAUGAAGGAGCACAUGGCCAGGUUAACUGCUGAAUCCCAUGCCUGGGAUGAGCUCCUGCUUCGCCACCAGGAGAGCGCCGAGGAAGCAGCCAGGCGGCUGGAGGAGCGCCGGGAUAACACUGUGCCAGUGGAUUACCUCCACACCUCUCAGGCCGAGGUCCUCCGCAGCAAACCCAACUACCAGCAGAUCCUGGCCGAGCAGAGAGAGGUGCUGACCUCCAUGGAGCUGCUGUCUGAUGAGCUGCAGCAAACGGGGCAGCUCCUGCAGACCGUCACAGAGGAGAGCAAGCAGUACCUGCAGUGCCUGUCCAAGAAGCUCGCCGCGAGGACCUUCGGGCACCUGGAGCAGUCCCCCGUGCGCAAGCUGAUCGCGGGCCCGCCGCGGAGGCAGCGGCAGCCGCUGCACUGAGCGGCCGCGAUCGGUGUUACCGUGGAGGGCACAGCGGCCAACCUGGGCAAAGGCUUCGGGCUCAAGAGCGGCGGGUACCUGUGCGUGAGCGGCGGCAGAGACCAG